GUGAUUUAGUUCCCUUGAGUGCCCUCAGAACGAUCAUCCCACAGGCUGAAGUCGACAGGGUUCAAAUGGUGGCGAAGUUACCCAAAGUCAUUCGCAUGUCGUAUCACAUACCGUAAUGCAGUUACGGAGUAUAAUAAUUAAUAAUGUCAUAUCAUCUUAAAGAAAACGAUCAACAUCGUGGUGACGUUAUCUUGAACGCGAGCCGACGUCUGUGUUAUGUAAAAAAAAAAAGGAAAAAAAACGGAUCUUCACCGCCCCGAGAUAAAUGUAACCAACAAUAACGUUUUGUACGAUACGUGCCAUUUUUUUUAACGAUAGUGUAAUGUUAUAUUACAGCAAUUCCCUCAAAAACUUCGAACGAAACGCGUAAUUCCCUCGAUGACGUGCGUGACGAAUAUGCUUUUCACAUCAUAGUUGAACGUUCCCCAAACUUCUGAGUGAGCUUGUUCUUUUUCUGCAGUCUCAUGUUCAUGUCUCCUUGAAGCAAUGAGUGGCUCUGAGAAUCAUGAGGACGAAUCAGAUUGCUCUGAAGAAGAGAUCCGGGUGUAUGCACGGGACAUAGGUAUUGAACCAGAGAGUGAGCCAGAGCUGUUGUGGCUUGCCAGGGAAGCUAUAUUUGCUCGACUGCCUCCAGGAUGGGCUGAGAGCCAAGAUGAGAGUGGGAACCCGAUCUUUCACAACCACUAUUUGCAGACGUCAACUAUUGAACAUCCCUGCAAAGUGCAGUACCGUCAACUUGUGGCCCAAGAACGUGAGCGUUUCCAGCGCACGGCUGCUGUUGGAGGCUCAGUAAGCCAGAUAGACAAGAAAGAGAAUGAGCAGGCUCUUAGUACACCCACAGGACUUUUCUGCAGUGGAUUCUUGAGUGUAAUCGGCAGUAGGUGCGAAGAAACGUCAUCUCUGACACUGUUGAGUUUGGAUGACGAAGAAGAGGGUAUCAUCUCCGGAAAGGAGGACUCCAAAGGCACUGCUAGUGGUGAUCAAGCAGAGGAGAUGACAAAGUCAGAAAUGCAGGAUAAGGCUCAUUCUGGGGAUAAGAGUAGUGAAUCACCGAUGCAAGAGAUGUCUGGAGAAUUUCCGAUCUCCGACAAUUCUAUUUCCUGUGACAGUCAGCUGGAGAUGGAUGAAAAAGGAGAGGACGAGGAGACUAGUGCAGCAAAGGGCCCAGAUAAAUUGGGACAUGAAUCCUCUGGUGAAGGGAACCACAGUGGCGCUGUGGAUCGAAAGCGUGAACAUGUUCCGUGCAGUGAUGCAGUUGGGGACGCAGAAGCUGAACAGGACCAGGAGAAAGAAGAACAGAUAAAAGCACCUGGAGGUUUCUUUUGCAGUGGGUUCUUGAGUGUUUUAGGCAGUGGACAGGAUGAAAGUUCUACACCCUCCAGCCAUGAUGAAGACAAUGUCAUCAUCUUUGAAAAGAAGGACUCAAGAAGCAGUGAUACAGAUCUAAUAGAAGAGCCACAAAUGCACGAAGAAAACAAUUUUGCAGACCACAACACUGACUCAUCGGAACAACAGAUUAUCGAUGAGCCUUUGGACAGUUCUGUUGGCUCUGACAGUCAGCUAGAUAUAGAAGUCAAAGAUGAAGAUGGGGAGACUGAGGUUGUAAAAAGUCCAGACGAGUCUGGUGAAAAACCCCACUUUUGCCCGAAAACACAUGACUUUGAAUACAUCCAGAUGCCUUCAUCAAGUUCUUCUAUCGGUGCUUUGGUAGCUGAAAAGGACAAACAAGUUGAGAAGGCAAACAACAAAACAUUAGGACUAUCAGAGAAUUCAAUUCACAGUGACUGUCAGUUGGGGAUUGAUGUCAAAGACCAGGACAACAAGGUGCCAGAGGAUGCCAAAAGACAAGAUGUUCCCAGAACCCAAGUGGAUCAGGGGCAUAAACACAUCCAGUCGGUUGAUGCUGUGUAUCACUCAGAAGCCAAGCAAUCACCACAGAAGCAGGAAAUAAGAGAUUGUGGUGCAGAUCCUUCAAAGGAGUUGGAUGAGACUCAUCCUGACUACAGUAUUGAAUCACAGCAGGCACCAUCAGACCUUCUGCAAUCUGACAGGUCUGUUAACUGUGAUAGUCAUCUGGAGAGGGAUGUCAAAGAAGGAGUGGAGGAGGAGAAUGUGAUUUCUAAGAGUAAAGAUGUCCACAGUGUUCUGAUAGAUAAGAAGCAUAAACCCAUCCACUGCACUGGGUCAGACUCAGAAGGUGAACAUGACCAGGAGAAAGAGAAGCUUAUAAAAACACCAGGAGACAAAAGAGGCAAUAAUGCAGAACUACCAGAAGAGAUGACCAAUUCAGAGAUAACGGAGUCUGAUGGCCAGUGUAUUGAAUCAACAGACCAACAGCUUUCAUCAGAGUUCCAUGAAUCUGGCAGUUGUGUUUGCUGUGACAGUCAACUGGCGAGUGAUGUCAAAGAAGGGGAGAAUGAAGCAGUCAAGAGCCAGGAUGAGUCUGGGCACAACUUUCCUGGCAGAGACAGCCACUGUUCUCAGCUGGAUUCAAAAGCUAAACAGUGCCGGAAGCAAGAGGAAUCAAUUACAAACAUGGGCGAACUUGCAGAGUGUCUCGGCUACGACAGUUCAUUUUAUUGUGAAACUCAGCAGGCAACAAAGGAGAAUAAGACUACCAAAAGCCAAGAUGAUUCUAGACGCACACACACACACCCUGGUAAAGACAGCCACAGAUGUCAAGUGGACCACAACCAUGAGCACAUUCAAUGCAUUGACGAACAGAAACCUAAGGAGGAAGGGGAGCCAUUAAAAAAAGUAGGAGUGAGUGGCUGCUGUGCGCAGUUUCCUGGACAAUUGUUGGAAUCAAGCAAUUCUGUUUCUUCUGACAGUCAUCUGGAGAUGGAUAUGAAAGAAGGAGAGGAUGAGGAGACAGAAGCGUCAAAGAGCAGACAAGAUGAAUCAGGACAUUACUCCUCCUGCAAACAGGUCCACAGUAAAUCAGUCACUCAGGAAUAUAGAUAUAUCCAGGGAAUUGAUGAUAGUGAGGCCUUGGAAGCUGACCGUGAAAAAGAGGAUGAAGAAGAGGCAACUGAAACUGACUCAAGAGACAGCAAUGAGGAGACAAGGGAGAUUACUGAGUCAGAAACAUAUGAAAAGUCCCUAUCUGAGGAUCAAAAGAAUGAAUCAAGAAAGCAUCGGGCUUUUAGCUGUCACUGUCAGCUGAGCAGGGAUAACAAAGAGGAGGUCGAUAAGGGCACUGAGGCUGCCAAAAGCCAGUUAGGGGAGAAAUCCUUUCGUGAAGAUGUCCAAAACCACAAACUCACCGGGCACACUGAUAAUGUUGAAAGAUCGGGUGCUAAACAGGACAAGGAGGAAGAGGACCUUAUCAUCUUAUCAUCUGAAAUAUCUGAGGAGUUAUUGGCCAGCUCGGACAGCAGUUUUGUGGAGAAGAAUUUCGAAGGAAAUGAGGGUGAUGAGGAGACUCAGGCAACUAACGAAACUGGGGCUGUUGGGAACUCAGGAACCAAACCAGAGGAUCAAUCAAGUAAAACACCUUCAGAUUCGGCAGUGGCCAUAAGGGAUGGAGAUCUAGCAGAGGAGAUAACUGAGCUCGAGGCCCAGUCUGAAGACCAGAGCCCUGAAUCACCACAGGAGGAGGUUUCAGAAAGAGUUUUGGACUCCAGCGAUUCUCUUUUUGAGACUAGUAGUAAGAGCCAAGACGAGUCAGGGAAUGACCUCUCUGUUGAAGAUGUCUACAGUGACAUAGUUGCUCAGGAGUGUGAACACAUCCAGUGUGAUAAUACUGUUGGGCGCUCAGAAGCCAAACACAAAGAAGAGAAGCAAGAUGAUUUCAGCAGAACUGGGAGUCACCUGGAGGAUCAGAAACAUGAAAUCAUUCUUUCCAGUAAAAGUCUUGGGGUCUCAAACGUUGAACAAGACAAGGGGAAAGAGAAGUUUAGCAUAAAACCUGGACUGUUGACAGACUCUACCGACUCAGAUGAUUCUGUUUCCUACACUGACAGUCAGUCAGGAACAGAUCAGGAUACGAAAAGCCAAGAUGAAUCCGGAUAUGAUGCUGUUGGGGCUUCUGGAGAUGAACAGGAUCAGGAAGAAGAGGACCCUCACAAAACACUCGAAGUAACAAAAAAGCUGUUAUUGAGGGAGGAGAGGAUGUGUCGUCACCAGGGUAAGGUAAGACAGGAUGAGGAAGAAGAGGAAGGGUUUCGGAGAGUAAAGGAAGCGCUGAAGAGUCAAGAAAAAAACCAAAAGGGAAGACUACUGUCUGAGUGGAAACAUGGGAGAAAGGAAGAGGAGGAAGCAGAGCUCCCGAGGGAGAAACAAAAAAGAAUUAUUCUGUUUGAGGAGAAACUGAAGACAGCGGAAGAAGAGACAGCUGGGUGUCUAAUGAGGGACAAAGAAAAGAGAAUGCUUCUGUAUGAAGGGAAAUUAAGGAGGCAGGAAGACGCGGACGCAAAUAAACUAAUCAGUGAGAAGGAUAAAAGAAUACAGUUUUGUCAAGAAGCGCUGAGAAAUAAGGAGGAGGAGCUGAAGCUGUCAGAAAGGGAGAUGGAGGAUCGAUUAAAGAGGGAAAAAGAGUUGCGUAUACUCUCCUGCCAGGAGGAAGAGAUGAGAGAGAAUGAUGGACGAGCAAAAAAGUUAAAUAGGGAAAAGGAGGUGAGAAUGCGUCACAACCGGGACCAAUUGAGUAAAGAGGAAGAGAAGGAAAGUGAGCAGUUGAGGUAUGAGAAGGAGAUACGAAUUUGGCAACAAAGGGAAAUAAGGAGAGAGGAAGAGGAGGAGGCACUACAAUUAAUGAGAGACAAGGAGACAAGAAUACAGCUCCAUCAGAAAACACUGAGAAAGAAAGAAGAGGAAGAGAUAGCACUAUUAGAAAUUGACAUGAAGACACGAAUCAAUGUCCACAAAGACAAACUCAGUACCGAUUUUGACCGAUUAAAGAGUGAAAAAGAUUUGGUUACAUGCUUCUGCCCUGAGAAGCUGAUGAAAAAGGACAAUGAGGAAGCGGAGGAGUUAAAGAGGAUAAAGGAGAUAGAAAUGCAGAGGAAUGAGCAACAGAUACAAAUUUCUCAACAAAAGGAGGAGCUGAUGAACGAGGAAAAGGCGGAGGUUGCACGAUUGAAGAGGGAGAAAGUGGCAAGAAUAUGUCAAUACAAAGUAGAGCUGAAGCAAGAGGAAGAAGAAGAAGCAGAGCAAUUGAAGCGGGAAAAGGAAAUGAGACUUCAGCUCUGCAGGGAAGAAUUGAGGAAAAGGGAGAAGGAGGAAGUGGAAUGGUUAAAGAGUGAAAUGGAUACGAGAAAAUGUGCGAUUUUGGAGGAACUUCAUAGAGCUCAAAGGGAGGCAGAGCAGUCAAUGAGGGAAAGGCAGAUGAGAAUGGAAUUCUGCCUGGAAAAGCUCAGGAAAGAGGAGGAGGAGGAGGCAGCGCAGUUGAAGAGGGAGAAGGCUAUAAGAAUGUGUCAACAUAAAAAAGAGCUGAUGAAAGCAGAGGAGAAAGAGAUAGCGCAAUUGAAGAAGGAUACCGAGAGGAGAAUCUGUCAUUACCUCGAAGAGCUGAUGAGAGAGGAAAAGGAGGAAGUGGAGCAGUUGAAGCAAGAGAAGGAGAUGAGACUACAGCUCCAACUGGAGCAGCUUCAGAGAGAGGAGGAGGUGGAGGCAGAAAUUUUUCAAAGGGAGAAGGAUGUUAGAUUGCAUCUCUACCUUAAACAGCAGAUGAGAGAAAGGGAGGAAGAGGAGAAAGAGAUCAAAAAAUACAUUGACACUAGAAAAUUUCUUCUUCAGGAGGAGCUCCGAAGAGAGGAAGAUGAGGCUGAGGAAAUGAAGAGGGGAAGGGCGAUGAGAACCUAUUCACAUCAAAAAGAGCAACUCCAAUCAAAUGAAGAGGAAGAGGAACAGUUAGAGAGAGAGAGAAGAACACAGUUAAACCAUGGGAAAUUGAGGAAUGAAGAAGAGGAGAACUUAAUGAAUGAAGAGGAUUCAGGAAACUCUCUGUCCCUGGAUGAACUGAGCAGAAAAGCGCCGGAGGUAGCAUGGCUAAGGAGGGGCAAGGAGAUGAGAUUGAGGCUUUAUCAAGAGGGGCUGAGAAGAGAAGAAACGGAUGAGAUUGAAUCUUUAAUGAGAGAACUAAUGACAAGAAUGUGUCUGCACCAGGAGGUGCUUAGAAGAGCAGAAGAAAAAGAAGUGGAGCAAUUACAGAAGGAAAGACAGACAAAAAUGCGUGUUUGCCAAGAGGAACUGAGAAGACAAAAUGUUAAAGACUUGGACAAAUUAAGGAGGGAAAAGGCAAAUAAAACUCAUCACCUCCUGAAGGAACUGCAGGAAGAGGAAAAAGAGCAGGUGAAGAGGUAUGAUGCCAUGAAAAUAAAUUUCCAAGAGUUUAGCAGUGAGGAAACGGAGGCAGAGCGAUUACAGGAGGAGAUGCAGUUCCACCUGGAGGAGCUGAUGAGGGAAGAGGAUAAGGCAGAGGAAUUGAAUAGAUGUAAAACUGACUGUAGCACAGAUGAAGACGGGGAAGAGCAGUUUAUGAGGGAAUUUUUGACAAAGACAAUACUCCAUGAAAAAGAACUGCCCGAUGAGGGUGAGGAGGUAGGGUGCUUAAAGAGGGAGAUGAUGAGAAUAUUGUUCCGCCAGGAGGGCCAAAGGAGAGGAGACGAUGAACCAGAAAAAUUGGAGCCAAGGAAGACAAGCGCAUGGCUGUGCCAGGAGCACAACAAAGAAGAAGAAAUAAAAGGAAUGCUUCAAAGAGAAAUAGAGACACAAAAAAUGCUCAAUGAAAGUGAAAUGAGGGAUGAGGAUGAGGAGGCAUGGUGCUUGAAGAAUGGGAUAGUGAGCAUAUCGCUGCGCCAAGUGGGACGAACAAAUGAAGAAGAGGAGCCUUUGAAAAUGGACAAGAUAAAAUGUGUCCCCCAGAAGGAGCUGAUGAGAGAGCAAAAGGAGAAGGAAGGACUGAAGGAGGAGAAGGAAGAUAAAUCAAAUUCCAACCAGGAAGGGUCACGUAGAGAGUAUGAGAUUGAGGGGCUCAAAAAGGAAAGGGAGACCAUAGUAAAUCUGAACCAAGAAGUAAUGAAGAUUCCAGAAGAACAGGAGAAGAAGCGGCCAUAUAAUUUCCAGAAGGAGCUGAAGACAAAUGAAGAGGAGGAAGCUGAAAUUAUAAAGAGGGAGAAGGAAAAGAUGGUGUAUUAUCAACAAGAAAAAUUGAGAAAUAAAGAAAUGAAGGAGAUGAAACAAUUAAAUAGGAACACGGGGGAGUUAAAUAAAGCGAAACUAGAUGAGACACAGUUGUUCACGAAAGAUUAUCCAUUUUCAUUAGGAGGUAGGCGAAAUGGAAGUCCCAAUGUGCAAGAUCACACAUGUGUCCAACUGGAUGAGCUUCAAAGGGAGGGUCAGGAGCAGCAAGACCAUUUGAAGAUGGAAAUGGUUAAAAACGCACAAAUCCGCCAGAAGAAUCCAAGGAGCAUAGACAAGGUGGUAAAAGGGUUAACGAGGGAAAAUGAAACUCAUCUCCAUUGCGACCUAAGGAGAGAAAUGGAUGAAGAGGAGGAAGAGGUGGAUUUUUUAAAAAGGGAAAAGUGGAGAAGAAUUUGCCUUUACAUUGAAGACCUGAAAAGAGAGGAAGAAGAAGAAGUGGAGCAGUUACAGAGAGAAAAAGAGACAAGAAUACGCAUUUAUGAGGAGGAACUCAGAAGAGAUGAAGAAAUUGAAGCAGACAAUUUAAAGAGAGAAAAAGAGCAGAGAAUACGUCUCCUCCAGUUAGAACUGAGAGUAGAGGAAGAGGAAGAGGCAGAGCAGUUAAAAAGAGACAAGGAGAAGCGAAUGAGUGUCCUCUAUGAGAAGUUGAAGAAAGAGGAAGAUGAUGAGCGAUUGAAAUGGGAAAAUGAGAGGAGAACACUGCUCCACCAGGAGGAACAGUGUAAACAUGAAGAGGAGGAGCAGUUUAAGAGGAUUGGGGAGAAAAGAAGGAGUCUCUACCUAGAGGAACUAAGAAAAGAAGAAAAGGACACUGCAGAGCGUUUCAAGAGGGAAAAGGAGCUGAGAACACACCUUCACCAGGAAGAGCUGUGGAGAGAGGAACAAGCUGAGGUAGAACAAUUAAGGAAGGAAAAAGACAAGACCAUCCAUAACCUCCAAGUGGAUCUUAUGAGAGAGGAGGAGGAGGAGUUAAUUAGGGUGAAGGAAAAGAGAACACAUUUACUUCCAGAAAUGCUAAAGAUAGAGGAGGAAGAUGUUCAGCAGUUAAAAAGAGAGAAGGAGAAGAGAAUGGAAUACUGCCAAGAGGAAUUGAAGAAAGAGGAAGACAAAGAAGCAGAACAGUUAAAGAUAGAAAAAGAAAAAAGAAUGAGUCAUCUCCAGGAUGAACUGAGGAGAGAAACAGAGGAAUUGAUUGACAAAUUGAAGGCUGAGAAGCAGAAGAGAAUGCGUCUCCGACAAAUAGACAUGUGGAGAGAAGAGGAGGAGAGGAAACUGAAGACGGAGUACAAAGAAAGGCUUAGGGUUUUACGGCAAAGUCUUCUGGCCAAGCGGAGAAAGGAGGAGACCUUGUUGAAUAACAUGUUCGAGCAGAAGGAGAAAUUAACAGAAUCUGUCAAGAUGGAAAGAGAGGAUGAGCAGCAAUUUAAGCUCAGGCAGGACCGUGAAGCUGCCUUAAGAGCUCUUUGCCUUGCACUUGAAGAAGAACGGGAAGCUGAACGUGGUAGGCUGACUGCUCAAAGGAGACAAUUCUUUGAGUGCUUUAAGGCCAAGUCAGAAGAGGAGCCUCAUACAUUGAAAACAAGACUACAGGAAGACCUGAAGUCUUUGACAUCAGAGGCACUCGAGAAGACUUUGGAUUCUGGCUUCUGCGGUACCUUUUACCCACUGAAUGGGGCAGCUCUAGAGUCUCAACAUGAGAUCUUUGGUGCUUUCAGACCACCUCCUCAAAGGUUUAACACCACACAUUUUUCAGCCUUCAAUCCAAUUCUUGGAGCAUCUCAUUCCAUGACAGCCACCCCUGCCUACACCACCAUGCAUCCCUCAUUGAGUACUCCAGAGCCAGUGUUCUGUCAUCCAAGAGCAACAGUAACUGUGGACCCGUUCACCACCACAUCCCUGAGAGAAACCUACCUAGCGAAUACUCCUCCUGGCUACUGUGAUCAGCUGAGCCUAAAUAAAUUCAACGAGAUCACAGUUUAUCGCUUUCAAAGACAAAACAAACAGUGCAUCCCUUCUGCACACAUGUGAAUACAUUGUAUCCAUCCAUGAAAAAUUGUUUGUGUAUUUCCAUCCAUCCUUCCAUCCAUCCAUUUUCAACCGUGGUAAAAAGCGGGAAUAUAUAAAUUUUUUUUCUUAAACUAUGUUCGUCCCUGUUGGACAUCAAUCUGCUGCAUAAUUCUUGGUGCUUAGUUCCACCUAAAUCAGAGCUUCAAUAAACAGUGAGAACUUCUUCAGCACACCAUGGUCUACAUUGUUAAAAAUCGGGGGGCUGUCUCUCUUUUAGUCACCAUUAACAAACAGCCCACAAAUGGCCAAAGAUAAACUCAUUCACACAACAUUUUGUUGAGUUAACGGCCUCUGAAAUCACUAUGGACCCAACCACGACUGGCACUGUAGAGAACAUUUCUGGCAGAGGUUAUACAUAGUAUAUUGAGUAGAUAUCAGUAUUGAGUAUAUUUUUAUAUUAUUGGAUCAAAAAUGGUAAAGACAUGGCCCACUGAAUUUCCUUUUGAAAAUCAAUUUAUUCAAAUCAUGAGUCUUUUAGUUAUUGUAAGUUGCUAUCCAACUAAAGUUGAACAUUUUUCUGAGAAAAAUGUUUUGAAAUGUUAAGGAAACUUUUAAUGCCAAAAUGUCUUGACCGUUGAGUGUCCAAAAGGAUGUUUCAUGAUUCGCAACGGUACCUUAUCAUGCCAAUUACAUUGUAAGAGAUUUUGUCUUUUUGCAGAUUCCUUAAUAUGCUUUUGCCAUAUAAACUAACAUAAAUUAAUCUUGGUCUCUUCUGUUUUGUUGGUUUGUUGUUUUUUUUUAAUUUUUUGGGGUUCUUGUACAAAUGAUUCUUGUUUUUCAGUCAAGCUAUCUUUAGCCUUAAUACCACACGAGAAAGCACUUCAUGAUGUUGUUGCAAUAGACCAGAAGGAUCUGUGAGCUGAAGUGCCAGGAUAAGCCAGCCAUUUUGGAGUCACACAAAAGCAGACAGCAAAAAAAAAAAAAAAAAAAAAAUAUAUAUAUAUAUAUAUAUAUAUAUAUAUAUUAUAUAUAUAUAUACAUGUUUUUAUAUAUGUAUGAAUUUUUGUGUCUGAGCUAUUGCAUAUCUUUACAGUUAUUUAAAUUGUAUAAAGAAUAAUGGAAUCAAUAUCUAGCAGUAUUUAUGCACUUGAAGAGUUUGAAGGGCAAUGUAUUUUGUGCAAGUCAUGUUUUAUGAAGCUGUUUAUGUCUUAAUCAUUUUGCACUUUAUCCAUACCGUUGUUCAAGAAGUGUAUUUCAGCGGGUCCCUCUGUCAUUGGGAUCUAUUAACAAAUCUGUGGUAGAAUUUCAUUUUGGAUGAUAAAUUCUUACAUUGUAAUGGAUGGCUGUUCUUUAAAUCAAUGUAUUUCUCAUUUGUUUAGCUAUGUUUUACUAUAACUCAGGCUGUUGUUCAAAGUAUAAUGUCAUAAAGUUUUAACAAUCGAUAAACUUUUGCCUCUAAGGUUA